CAAGAAUUUUGGACCCAAUACAUACACAUACAUUGUUCUCCCUCACUUCACUUUUCUUCUCUGCCGCUAUAUUCUGUAUCUGGAGGGAGCCAUGAGUGCACUUGCAGCAUCCUCCGCUACUCCUUCCGCCGCCCAAACCCUCUCCCUCUUCCGCUCCCUCCUCCGCGCCGCGCGCGAGUUUCCCGAUUACAACAUCAGGGAGUACACCAAACUACGCACCGCCGAUGCGUUUCGCCACAACGCCACUCUCUCCGACCCAAAUUCAAUUUCCACCGCCUUCGCCCACGGCAAGUCGCAGCUCGCCGUCGUUAAACGACAGGCCGUCGUGUACUCUCUCUACGCCCCGCCGCUCCGCAACGUCAUGGAACUCCAACAAACCCCCUUCUAAUCACGGUUCUGAGUAUGACUCUCUGGGAAGAUCAGAAUUGCUAUUUGAUUCCCAGUACUCAUUUUUUAAGGACAAGUUUAUGUUUUUUUUUUUUUUAAAAUUGAGUGGUACUUCUUAAUAAUGAAUGUAAAACCCGGUUUUAAGUUGUUAGGAUGAAUGGAUGAUAUGAGUAAUUUAGUUGGAUGACCUGUAAAUUGGACUUUUUUAUCUAAUUUUUUAUUUGAUGAUGAUGAUGAUGUGAUCCUUCACUACAACAAUUUGAUGUAUUUGUGCUAUUGUUAUGGUAAAUUAUUCUGUUUUUGUCUUUUA